CGACAUGUUAACAGUCUACAGACCCAUGGAAGUUCUGUCUGAGCUCCUCAGGCAUCGUGCGGAUCCUAAACUCUGUGAUUUUAGUGGAAAAUCAGCAAUACACUAUGUGUCACAGAUAGAGAGUUUGAGGAAACAGCAGUUAUUGGACAUUCUAAUGAAUUCUGUGCCAAAGCCAGAAAGACAUGCUGAAUCAGUGCUUGACAUUUGUCAUGAUAUAAACUCUCCUCCAACUUAUAUGAUGACAGUUACCAAAAAUCAAAACAUAAUCUUGCAAAGCAUCAGCAGCAGUGAGGGCAAAAUUUUUUGUCAGGCCGUUAUAGGUGUUGAGAUUAUUGUGACUUUUCCAAGAUAUGUCAGUCAUCCCCAAGAAAUGAACCAAGAAGAUUUAAAAGAAAAAAAUCAGAUAACCUCAGUGCAUCAAGAAUGGGCACAAGCACAUUCUGCUUCUCCUCCAAAUGAAAUUGAGAUGAUGGACCUCAAGACAAAGACACUGACCGUGCAGCCUUUACUUCUCAAGAAAGAGGAAAAUUCUAAGGAGCUCUGCGACCUGAACCUGGGCUUUUUGUUGCCAAGACCUUGUUUAGAACCAAACAUUUCCAAGUCUGUAAUCAGAGAAGAUGCUUCUCAUUUUCUAAACGGGCAGCAAAGAAAAUCUGAAGAGUCUUCUACCUCUGAUAUGAAGUACAGUAGCCGAAGACUUGAGUUCCCUCUGCCACCAUUGUCAUUCUUGCCCAUUAGAUCUGAUGUCCAUACUAUCCCCUCAAAUCACAAGGUUUCAAAAGAGAGAGAAAGAAAUAUUCCAAGCUUCACGUCCUUAGUACCUAAACUCAAAGAGCCUGUUAGUCACUCUGAUGAGUUCACUUCAUCAAAGAAGCAGCAGGAAGCCUCACUUAAGGUGCUGGUGGAUCAGACCCUCAGGUCUUCUGAUAGCUCCAUUUGGUCAAGAAAUAUGUGCUCUUUUUGGAAGGCUAACCACCACAGACAACACCUGGAGACGGAGAACUGGAAAUCCAAGGAAAUAGAAGGAUGUGACAAAAUUGAAAUCUCUCACUUUGAAAAAGGGCAGUCUUCGUUGUCCUUUGAGAAUUUUAAGGAAGGCAGUAUUCCUACAGAUAGGGAACAGAAUAUUGACUGCUGUGGUAGUGAAAUGAGAAAAUCAGAAGAAAACUCUCAAAAUUUUCCAUCAAGAAAGAAAGAGAGUUCAGUAGUCAGAAACUAUGAACAAGAUUCAGAAAUUGUAUGUACCAUUCUAAGUGAGCUCCAAGAAGCCCGGCACUCAGAAAUAACUCCAAGCCAGGAUGAAGAGAUUAGAAACGAUACAGCUGAUUCAAAAAGCACUUCAUUACCUAAGGGUGAAGCAAUUCAACCGGACAAUAUUUUAGAAGAGUUUACUGUAUUUAAAAGCUUGUCCAAUGUAGUCUCUGAUGGACCCAUUGAGAAGCUUCCAAAAAGUCAUAGUGGCAUGGAGACAAACAUAAAAAUAUCAAUAGCAGAAGCAACCAAACCAGAAGUGAAUGGGAUGGUGCCUCUUAUCCACAUCACUCUCCCUGGAGAUGAAACUCCCAAGGAACCAGCUAUAACCAAACCAAACCUCCAAAAAAGAAAGGGCACUGUUCUUAACAGCAAUAGCUUCAACAAACUUGCCCACCAGGAAAAUGACAUGUAUAAGGUGAAUACACAUAGAAAUAAGUUGGAUUCGAAGACCAAGACAAGUAACAGGACAGCUCAGAAUUUCAUGAUUUCCUUUGAAGGUCCCAUUAAGCCUACCACACAUAAAACCAGCAUAAAACCUCAAGUUUUCCCUGCGUUAGGGCUUGUUGACCCCAAGCCUCGGCAAUUGCCCAAGUUUCAAAGGAGAAUGCCGCAGACAGAAAAGAAGCAAUUAACUUACCGGACUCAGAAACCUAAAAAACAAUCAUUUCCUUGCAUCUGUAAAAAUCCAGGAAUAAAAAAGUCAUGUGUUUCUCUCUCUCUUCAACCACCAGAGCCAAGACUAAAUUACCUAGAUCUUAAGUACAGUGACAUGUUCAAAGAAAUCAACUCAGCUGCUGAUGGACCUGGAAUCUAUGAAAUGUUUGGGACCCCUGUUUAUUGUCACAUGCGAGAGGUGGAACGGCAUGAAAACAAAUAUAACCGCCAGAUAUGCUCAGUUCCACCGGGCAGAUGUGUCACCAGUAAAUGUCGAUCUUCACACAGUGACAGGAACAGCGAUAGUAGAACAAGACUUUCUCAGAAAAAACCACAUACUAAACUCCCAAAGGCUUCACUUGGCAUUAAACAAAAGCACAAAGAUUUAGUUUCUAAAGAAAAGAGUUUUGAGACUGUAGGUAGCCACCUACAAGACAUUGGAAAUGAUGAUAUUUCAGAAACAGACUGGCAGAUAAAAUCUUCAGGCAAUGACUUUCUAUCUUCCAAAGAUGAAGUUCAGCCCAUAAACUUGGCUCAUACUCUUGAGCAGUCCACUGAACAGAACAAAUUCCUUCCUGCCUCAGAUUUAUCCAUUGUUAAUAAAAUUUGUAUGGAAGGAUCUGCUGAUGAAGGAGACAAUUCUAACCAUCACGUACUCAUCACAAGCCUUAGAGAUCUGCAAGAACUUGAAGAGCUUCAUCACCAAACCCCAUUUGUUUCUUCAGAAAACAGCUGGGCAGUGCCCACUGAGAAGAGUUCUAACAAGCAUGUAUUGCAAAAAAAGCAGAAUAUAGCAUCUCUUGGUAAAAUAAAUGCCAGCCAACUUUUAACUAAAGAUCUUGAGUUUGAUAGUGUUUCAGAUAAGUCUAAAACACUUAUGAGUUUCUCUUUCCAUGAGAAACAAGAAAAUGCAUCUUCCCAUACAUAUCAACACUGGGCACAUUCUUUGGAUCAUGAUAGUUUAGCAAGUAAGUCAUUCACAUAUCAAACAUUCGGAAAAACUUUAAAUGAUGCAAAUUCAAUUUCCCAAGAAAUUCUGGACUCUGUAAAGAAUGAAGAAUUGACAGAUGAACUAUUAGGUUGUCUUGCUGCAGAACUAUUAGCUCUUGAUGAGAAAGAGAAUAACUCUUGCCAAAUAAUGGCAAGUGAAACAGAUCCUGAAAACCGAAAUCUUGUGCUUAGUAGGAGAGGAAAUACCACAAAAGACUUGGGCAGAGAAGCAACAAAUGUUGAAAUGCAGAGGUGUAGUAAUGGAUUCAGGAUACAUGAUAGGGAGGAGAAAUUUCUUAACUCAAAUGGAAAGAAGACAUUGUCUGAAAAUAGUUUAAAAUAUGAAGAACCUAUCCUGUGGACCAAGGGUGAGAUCCUUGGGAAGGGAGCCUACGGCACAGUAUACUGUGGUCUCACUAGCCAAGGACAGCUAAUAGCUGUAAAACAGGUGGCGUUGGAUACCUCUGAUAAAUUAGCUAAUGAAAAAGAAUACCGGAAACUUCAGGAAGAAGUAGAUUUGCUCAAAGCACUGAAACAUGUCAACAUUGUGGCCUAUUUGGGGACAUGCUUGGAAGAAGACAUUGUAAGCAUUUUUAUGGAGUUUGUUCCUGGUGGCUCAAUCUCUAGUAUUAUAAACCGUUUUGGGCCAUUGCCUGAGAUGGUGUUCUGUAAAUAUACAAAACAAAUUCUGCAAGGUGUUGCUUAUCUCCAUGAGAACUGUGUGGUGCAUCGAGAUAUCAAAGGAAAUAAUGUUAUGCUCAUGCCAACUGGAAUAAUAAAGCUGAUUGACUUUGGCUGUGCCAAACGUCUGGCCUGGGCAGGCCUAAAUGGCACCCACAGUGACAUGCUUAAGUCCAUGCAUGGGACUCCAUAUUGGAUGGCCCCAGAAGUCAUCAACGAGUCUGGCUAUGGAAGGAAAUCGGAUAUCUGGAGCAUUGGCUGCACUGUAUUUGAAAUGGCCACAGGGAAGCCUCCACUGGCUUCCAUGGACAGGAUGGCAGCCAUGUUUUACAUCGGAGCACACCGAGGGUUGAUGCCUCCUUUACCAGACCACUUCUCAGAAAACGCAGCAGACUUCGUGUGCAUGUGCCUAACCAGGGACCAGCAUGAGCGACCUUCUGCUCUUCAGCUCCUGAAACACCCCUUCUUGAAGAGAAGUCACUGAACAUACAUCAAGACUUUCUUCUCAGUUCUAAUGUAGAUGCUCCAUUAUUGCUUAACUGUGGGGAAUGAGGUUAAGGGACCUUUGUUUUCCUAUCAUAAAUUCAAUCUAAUCCAAUUUAACCAGAUCCUGCAGUAUCACUAACUGAAAGUUUAGUUUCAAAUAAGCUUCCUUAAGCUACAGGCAUGAUUACUCUUGUGUAUGAGAAAAACAUUUUAAAUAACAACAAAGAAACCUAUUCCAGUGUUUACAGUUUUGAUUGUACAGGAGCUACAAUCUCUAUUGCUUUAUGUAUUUUAUUUUUGGCCUGUCAACUUUAAUGUCAUUAGUUUAAAAUAAAUUGUAAA